AAGAGAAAGGGACAUCAUCGCACCCGGUGGUUAACCUACCGGCGGGGCUUCUUAAAAAAGUGAGAGAACCAUGGAAGAAAUGUCUCAUAGUACGACUUUUGGGAAGGAAUAUUGGCUAUAACCUGUUUGUAAAUAGAAUGAGGAAGGUGUGGAAUCUCCAAGCUGAUUUUGAAACGUUGGAUAUUGGAAAUGGUUUCUUUAUAGUGAAAUUUGAAAUGGUGGAGGAUUACACGAAGGUUUUCACUGGAGACCGUGGGUAGUGAUGGAUCGAUACGUGACUGUGCAAAAAUGGCAGCCUGAUUUUAAAUCUGAUGAGGCAGAGGAGGACACAAUGGCAAUUUGGGUUCGUUUCCCUAAUCUCCUCAUUGAGUAUUAUGAUGAUAAGGUUCUCUACCAUAUCUUGAAGGUGCUCGGUACUCCCUUGAAGGUUGAUAUUAACACUGCCAUGGCAACAAGAGGAAAGUAUGCAAGGGUUUGUGUCGAGUUAGACUUGCGCAAGCCACUUAUCUCGCAUAUCACUAUUGGACGUUAUCACUAUGUGGUGGAAUAUGAACAUUUGCAUACAUUGUGUUUCUCUUGUGGUCGAGUUGGCCAUCAGAAAGAAAAGUGUACUGAAUAUCCGGUAAUACAGUCGGAGAAGACGAUGCAGAAUGUGACCGUUACGCAACUUGAUGUUGGUAAAGGACCAGGAACAUCAAAGCCCACUAGGCAAGGGAAUGAGGAAGGUUUUAAUUUGGAUGAUAAAUUGGGUUAUGGGCCGUGGACUAUAGCACCGAGCAGAAGGAAAUUCUAUCAGGGGAAGCAGAAGCAUAAGGCCCACUUCCAAAAGAGUAACAGAUUUGAUAUAUUACAACUGGACAAAGAGCAAGGGGAAAAAGUAAAGGCCUAAAGAAUAGUAAAGCCCAGGGAAGUCACGUGGAUCUAGACAUGGGCACUAACUUGGCUAAUGGUGAUGCAGAUGGAGCCCAAAAUAGGAGCCCACUGGACACAUUAGUGCAGACUUCACCAGUAAUGGACGUGGAGCUCACAUAGACCCGGGAGAACAUGAGGCAAGAUAUAGAGAUGGGUAUGGCAUCUGGGCCACGUGGAAGAGAAGAGCUCCAACAGAAUGUCUAGUCCAGUACUCCCAAAUUAGGCCCACAAGCUAGAAUGGGUGUAAACAAUAACCAAGGAAGCCCUAAGUCUAUCUCGGGUUCCAAGCCACAAACUAGCCCCCACACCUCUCCAAGGCUGCCAGUUGAGAAACCUUCAGCAAAUAGAUCGAGAGCAAGAGGAGGGAAAUCACUGGAUUCAAGCACGUCUCUGGAAAAUAGGCCUGAUGGAAGAAGCUACCGAGACCAUUCGGUUGAUAGAGCACCGUGUGGACCAGUUCAGGACGCUGUUGUUUUUAGAGCUCGGGAAAGAAGCAUAUCACCACAUCGGAAUAGAUUGGUGGCUCGAAGAAGUGAAACUGAUGAUCCAACCGUGGUGGGAGAUCGACGCGCACAAUGUGAGACAUAUGGUGCUUGUGAAACCAGCGAAAACAUUGGAGGAAGAUCAGACAAAUGCGAGAAACAUUCUGGGUCUACCUGAGGUAGCGAACUGGCCCACUCUUCCACUGUUGUCCAUGGAGUUGCUGAUAUGGAAUUGUAGGGGUGCUGGUAAUGACCGAUUCCGGCGGAAUCUACGUGAGUUGGUCCAAAUGCAUAAACCCGAUAUGCUUAUCCUCUUGGAGACCAAUGUGGAUUUACAUAAAAUGGGUAUGUUCUUCAAUAAUUUGGGCUAUACGGCAUCCUCUCAUGUUGAUCCCACGGGUAGAAGUGGUGGCAUUUGGUUACUAUGGAAUCCUAAUCAAAUUAAUGUUCGGGUAAAUGAAGCUGGUUCUCAGAUGAUUACUGCUACUAUUGCUCGUCAAGACUACCCGGAUUGGGUCCUUUCUGCCAUUUAUGCAAGUCCAAAUCCUAGGUUGAGAGAUGAACUCUGGUCGGAUUUGGAAUCAAUGGCGCAGAACAUGCAUGAACCAUGGAUGGUGGCAGGGGAUUUUAAUGAUUAUUCAAGUUUAACAGAGAAAAUGAGCUACUCUGUGAAUCAAAGCCAGAACUCAAACCAAAGCCUAAGAAGGAGCCAGAAAUUCAAUGAUAGAGUAAACAAUUGUCAACUUAUGGACCUUGGUUGUGUGGGUCCGAGGCUUACCUGGACCAACAACAGGAAAUGGUGGGCUAAUACUAUGGUGAGAUUGGAUAGGGCCCUCUGCAACACUGAGUGGAGAACUAUAUUUCCGGAGGGGUAUGUUCGAAAUUUGCCUCACACAUAUUCGGAUCAAUCUCCUCUUAUAGUGCACACUCAAGGAACAAUUAAACUAAACACGGAUGGUAGCACUCGCCGAAAUGGAGGAGGUGGAGGUUUUGGAGGACUUUUUCGGGAUGAGACAGGUUCAUGGAUUAGUGGCUACUAUAGGAAACUAGAGAUAUGCACCAGCCUUGAAGCGGAGCUUUGGGCUGUCUACAAAGGACUCACAAUCAUUCUCCAACGUGGUAUGAAUCAAGUGGUCAUUGAAACGGAUGCGGAGCAAGUGGUGCAACUGUUAAGUGAAGAGUUGAGAGAGCGAUGUCCCUUUAGGGGCGUUGUGGAGGAUGCGUGUAUUAUCAUGAGAGACUGUAACUGUACCAUCCAACAUAUCAAAAGGGAAGCCAACAUUUGCGCAGACGCAUUGGCAAAACUAGGAGAAAAUCAACUAGCUGAGUUACUAAUUGUUAAUGAUCCUCCAGCGGAAAUCCAUAACAUGCUUAUUGCGGAUAUUGUUCACCUCUCUCAGGAGGUCGUUAGGACGUAGUUCCUUUGUUUUUCUUUUAUUUCUGAUGUACCCAAAAAAAAAAAAAAAAAAAAUUUAGUCAUU